AUGGUUGCCAUAAGUGAUGUACUUCUUCCACGACAAUCUCAACCAAAUGAUGGAACGGGCAAUGGGUUAGAUUCUUUCGUUUCAGCUAAUUCUGUACGUUCUACCUGGAUAGCAUUCUGGGUUCUAUGGAUUGUUUGGGCUUUGUUAUUACUUGUAGAUUGGAUGACUAAAAGACCGACUCAUACAGAUGUUCAUAAAGAUACUACCACCAUUGCUGAUGGAGAUACUACUACUAAUAUCAAUAGAGGUGAUCACAAUCGCCAAGGUCGUGGUGGCUUUUUAGGUCGUUUGAAUAAAGGACCACGACGUGCAUCAAGAAUUGCCCGCGAUUUAUUAUUAGGAUUACUUGCGGCAUUAGUGAUGAAUACUUUGGGUAGAGGUUCAGGCCUUGCUGUUGAAAUAUUAGCAUGGAUUUUCGUUUGCUUCGCGAUAAUUUGGGUUGGAAUCGAGUUGAUCGUUGAUAAUGUGAUUCUUCGUGUGAUUUUUGGUCCUGUUCAACUAGCUAUACUUUUAACAAUUUUCAUCUUGUCUUAUGCUCUUGGUUGGAGAAAUGUGGGUUAUUAA